AUGGAUAUCUUGCUCCUCAUCCUCUUCUCCCUCUCCAUCUUUGCCUUCCUCAAAUCCCUCUCUAGCCUUUUCUUCUCUUACACCAACGAACCCAAAACCCAAAACCAACUCCCUCCCGGGCCUCCCACUUUCCCUAUCAUAGGCAAUGUCUUUUGGCUCCACAAAUCCUUUUCAGAGUUCGAGUCCUACAUCCGCUCUCUCCAUGCAAAGUUUGGCCCAAUCAUCACCAUUCACUUUGGGUCUCGUCCAGCUAUCUUUGUGGCUGAUCCCUCCCUCGCUUACAAAGCCUUGAUCCAGAACGGGGCUGCUUUUGCUGAUCGCCCGACUGCUAUCGCCACAGGCAGAAUACUGGAUAAAAAUCAGAAUACCGUUAGUUCUUCAUUUUACGGUCCAACUUGGCGCCUCCUCCGAGGAAAUCUUGCUGCAGGAAUCCUCCAUCCUUCGAGGGUAAAAUCAUAUGCUCAUGCUCGUAAAUGGGUGUUGCAAAUCUUGCAGAAUCGAUUGGAGUUAUUGUCUAGAUCGGGAGAACCUAUUCAAGUCUUGGAACAUCUACAGUUUGCCAUGUAUUUCCUGCUAUCGCUCAUGUGUUUUUCUGACAAGCUAGAGCAAAAACAGAUAAAAGAAAUCGAAGAAAUUGAGCAUCGAGCGACGUUGCAUCUGAGUAAAAUCAAUAUAUUUCAUUUUUGGAAAACAUUCAGCAAGAUAGUGCUUCGUAAACGUCGGGCAGGGUCCUUGAAGCUACGUAAAGACCAAGAAGAUAUAUUGAUUCCUCUGAUAAGAGCGAGAAAAAAGUUGAAGGAAGAGAGAAGCACUAAAUCAAAUCUGGAUGAUCAGGACUAUGUAUUGUCUUAUGUUGAUACACUGUUGGAUCUUCAAUUUCCUGUCAAUCAUGACAAAAGAAAGCUCAACGAGCAUGAUAUUCUCAGUUUUUGCAACGAGUUCCUCAACGCAGGCUCAGAAACUACAACCACAGCCUUGCAAUGGAUCCUGGCAAAUUUGGUCAAGUACCCAGAAAUUCAAGAGAAGCUAUUCAUGGAGAUCAAAGGGGUUGUAAGAGAUGGUGAUCGAGUAGUAAAAGAAGAAGAUUUGCAAAAGAUGACGUAUCUAAAAGCAAUAAUUUUAGAAGGGUUAAGAAGGCACCCACCCUCACAUGUUGUCCUGCCACAUGCAGUGACAGAAGAUACAAUGUUGAAUAAAUACUUGGUACCCAAAAACGGGAGUAUAAAUUUUAUGGUAGCUGAUAUAGGGUGGGAUCCGAAGGUGUGGGAGGAUCCCAUGGGAUUCAAGCCUGAAAGGUUUCUGAAUAGCAGUGGAGGGAUAGCUUUUGAUAUAACAGGAAGUAGAGAGAUUAAGAUGAUGCCAUUUGGAGUGGGAAGGAGGAUGUGCCCUGGUUAUGGCUUAGCUAUGCUCCAUUUGGAGUAUUUCGUAGCUAAUUUGAUAUGGAGUUUUGAGUGGAAGGCAGGGGAUGGAGAUGGUGUUGAUUUAUCUGAAAAGCAGGAGUUUACCAUGGUUAUGAAGAAUCCAUUGCAAGUUCAAAUAUCUCCUAGGUGGAAGGAAAAAUAG